UGAGCCUCUGGCAGGGGCCUGCCGUGGGUCUGUGGUCUGGCAGUCAGGGAGUCCUUAGAAAGAGGAAGACAGAAUAGGGCGUCCCGGGAACGUCAGGGUAGGUGAUCUUUGGCUCCCCGCAAUCAGCCCUAGAAUCAAGCAACUCAGCUUCACAAUCGACAAACCUACCACAAAUUCUUCACCCACUGUCCCCGGCUGCUGCACCCCUGCACCUCCACGUCUGCCCCCUGCCCGGGGCCAGGGCCCAGCAGUCAUGACAGACACCCCAGUGGAGGAAUCCCUCUUCCAAAUCAUCCACUGCUUCCACCAGUAUGCAGCCCGGCAAGGCGAUGUGGAGACCCUGUCCCUGCAGGAGUUGCAGGCCCUGCUUGUGGACAACGUGCCCCGCUUCAUGGACAGCUUGGGCCGGAAGGAGCCGUACUAUAUCACAGAACUGUUCCAGGCUGCAGACAAGAACAAGGACAACCAGAUCUGCUUCGAUGAGUUCCACUACAUCUUGGGAAAGCUGGUGAAGGACUACCACCUGCAGUACCACCGGCAGCUGUGCGCUCACCACUGUGCUCAACACAGCCUCUACUAGAGGGAGCUCAGGCAGCCUCCUGCCCACCGGAGCCUGACCCAGGAGGAGGUGUGGCCUGCCUAUCAGGAACUGAAUGGAGAACCCAGCUGUGUGUGUCUCUGUGUGUGUGCACGUAUCUGUACAUGUCCGUGAAAAGGAGAGCAGUGUGAGAGAGA